GGUUAUGACAUAUUGUAUUGUAUUGUGAUCUAUUUACUACAACAAGGAAAUUAUCAAUUUAUGAAUGGGGCUUUUUGUCCCCUCAAUUGGCAAUAAUUCGCGUGGUUAUAUUUUUAACACAUCGUGGUUAAACAUUCUAUAGAAGACAAAUUAUGAACAAGAAAGAUAUUCAAUUGAGUAAGCUAUUAUCUUGGAUUCUCAGACACGGUGCUAACAAAGAGGGACUUAGCAUAAGUUCCGAAGGAUACAUCUCUGUCAGUGAUCUAUUGAGGCACAAAUCAUUCCAUACAUACAGCCAAGCAGAUAUUGUGCGAGUGGUCAAAAAUAAUGAUAAACAAAGAUUUAGAUUGAAAUUAAAUAAUAGUUCUAAUGACUGGGAAAUUAAAGCUAAUCAAGGGCAUACUAUAAAAGAAAUAAGUAAUGAAGAACUGACUCCAAUAUUGGAACCAAAAUAUUCCACAAUUGUCCAUGGAACAUAUUUGAAAGCCUGGCCGCAAAUAAAAUCUCAAGGGUUACAUCACAUGCAAAGAAAGCACAUACAUUUAGCGAAAGGUGUAAUCGGCGAUCCUAAUGUUAUAAGUGGACUGCGUAAAAACGCACAAGUACUAAUAUAUAUUGAUUUGGCCAAUGCACUGAAUGACGGGAUUAAAUUUUAUGAAUCGGAGAAUGGUGUUAUUUUAACAGAGGGUGAUGCUAGUGGUUAUUUGAAACCUAACUACUUUAUUGAAGCCAUCAAAAUCCCAUGUGGCUACCCUCCAUACACAAGGAUAGAUGACCUCAAAGAGGCGUUUGCAGACUACAAAGUGAAACACAUAAAAACAAUGAAAAAUUUCGCAAUCAUAUCAAUGGCGGACGCUCAGAGCUCACAGGACGCGAUCGCUAAUUCAGAUAAAAUAUGUGUUUACGGCGAGUUUCUAUCUGUCAAACCCUUCUCGGAGCAAGAUCUGCAACGGAAUAGGAGGGUGUUCGUGAAAAGCAAAGAGAAAAACGUUAUAAUCGAGCCGUCAAAGAUAGAACUGUCCGGUGACUUCCUGCAGCAGUUGGACCAGGUGCUGGCUGCCGUUCGGCUCACCAAGGAGGAGGUCACCAGGAUAUCCAAGUUAUACAGCGAUUUGCAGAGCGUUCUUAGCUCCAUAUGGCCGGGAUGUCACGCGUACCCCUUCGGCUCGAUAACCACCGGGCUCGGCAUCAAGACGAGCGACGCGGAUUGCUUCGUGGACCUGCCCAUACAGUUCAAGUACACCAACAUGAACCACGUCAACAAGGCCAAGAGAAUACUGCAGCAGUACCCGCAAAUCUUCACGGAGAUAUACUCCAUACCGAACGCUCACACGCCCAUCGUGAAAUUCUUCUACAAGCCCACGGAGACCAACUGCGACGUGUCCUUCAAGACGCUCCUCGGGGUACGGAACAGCAAGCUCAUCGCGUUCCUGCUGCACGCCGACCCGCGGCUGCUCCCCGCGGCCGUGCUCGUCAAGUACUGGGCCAAGGUGCACGGCUUCUCCGGCAGCGGCAGGCUCACCAACUACGCGCUCACCAUGCUGCUCAUCUUCUACCUCCAGCAGAAGCCCGUCUCCAUCCUCCCCUCGGUCGCCUGGCUGCAGAGAGACUCCUCGAAAGACCUCAUCGUCGACGAAUGGAACACGGGCUUCGUGGACCGCCACGACUUGCUGCCUAAGGUGGAGAACGAGUCGCCCAUCUCGGAGAUCAUCGGCGGCUUCUUCGAGUACUACGCGACUUUCAACUUCGACGAGAUGGUCGUGUGCCCGUUCCUCGGCUACCCGAUAAAGAAGGCCGCCUUCGCGGACCUGGACACCCUGCCGGAGGAGUUGAGCCGGUACAAGAGUAACUUGAUCGCCAAAACGGUGCUGCCGAUGAAGUUCACGACGUCCAUGUGCGUGCAGGACCCGCUCGAGCUGUGCCACAACGUCGCGUCGUCGGUGGGCUCGCGCCUGGCCGUGGAGAUCAAGGCGUACUUCAAACUCGCCGCCGCGACGUACCAGAGGGAGAAAAGCUCGGGCUGCGUCAACCUGCUGCGGGGCGUGCUGCUGGAGAAGCCCCCGGAGCCCCCGGGCGCCGCCCGCACGGAGUACCGCGCCAACGUGCACGCCAAGGAACUGGACCGGAUCCCCGACGACGAGUGGAAGAGCGUCAUCCGGAACGUGCUCAAGGUUAUGUUCGAGCAGAUCUGCCACGCGCCGCUGGAGCCGGUGGAGACCAAGCACGAGGGGAACAGGCACGUGGAGCUGUACGCCAGUGACGUGAAGAAGGCCGUGUGGAAGCGUAAGCGGUUCACGCGGCUGUACGGUCACAUGCCGGGCAGCUUCCUGGACAAGCAGAUCCGAAUCUCGCAGGAGAUCUUGGCCACAGACCGCGAGCUGCACGACCUGCGCGUGGCGCUCAGCGUCAGCUUCCCGCGCGAAACGCGCAACGCCGCACUUCAGCUGCGAUAUCUGGACGGAGACAAGACCACCUUCCAGGAGUUCGGCAAGUUCUUCAUCAUCAUGGUCAAGGGCUGGUUCUUUGUGCUCAUGCGCCCCUUCCUCAAGGCGAAAAAAACAAACGGAGCCGUCGCGGACGACCCCCAACAGGACAAGGACGCCGAAAUUGAAGAAAAAAUCGAUUUAACCAACGGUCUACUCAAAGAAGGCGAUUUAAACGGCUCAGAAGUUGUGACGAGUGUCGUAGAGAAUGAAACGGAAGCGAGCGACAACCCGUGAUUUAUAUACAUUGUUAUUUUUCUACGCGAGUUUUAGUGAAAUCGAAAGUUUAUUGAUCAUGAUACGGAAUAGAUUAUAUGUAGUUGUUAAGAAUUCGAGGGCCGUUUCGGAUAAAUGGUAUUAAAACACGUUUAAAUUUGUUACCGCAGUGUCGUUGUACGCCGUAAUGAUGACGUUGUGUUAUAGAGUAUACAUUCGUUAUACCUAGAAGCAUGGAAUUUGUUGGAAUAG